AGAAGCGCGAGGACAGGGUGUUCGGAUGCACCCCCUCCGGAGUGUCAGUGGUACAGUCCACUGGUAAAAUUCCGAGAAUUGUGAACUGCGUCUUCUCAGAAGAGUUCUUCCAAGAACUGUCUUCGGUGGACACUUCCAAGAAAAAUACACCAGGUGAAUGAUGUCGAGUGCAGCAGACGGCUGCAUUAAGUUCACUCGCCAUGCUGGUGAUGUGCUGUUCAACUUCAACCGCCUCCGCAGCAGAAACAUCCUGACCGAUGUCACCAUUGUGGUUGGUGGGCAGCAGUUUCGGGCCCAUAAGACAGUUCUGAUGGCAUGCAGUGGCCUCUUCUACUCCAUGUUUGCAGAUGCUUAUAAAAGUACCUUGAGCAUCAUAAGUUUAGAUCCAAAGGUGGACCCUGAUGGCUUUGCCAUAUUGUUGGAGUUUAUGUAUACAUCUUGCCUCACACUUAAAGAUAACUUCAUUAUAGCCAUCCUCAACACAGCCACAUACUUACAGAUGGAGCAUGUGAUGGACACAUGCCAGAGGUUCAUAGACUCCAGGGGCUUGUGUGUAAAGCAGAGCAGAGCAGAGAUGCUGGUUAAUCACGGCAGAAUUAAUUCAUCUUCAGAAGCCCCCUUCCUCCUCAGCGAUGCCCUGAACACCCAAUCCAGCAUGAACUUCAGCACUUAUGGUCCUCCCAGCCUGCACUAUGCAGUAAGCACUUCCACAGAAAGCCCUUCUCGCUUCUACAGACAUCUGCCUCUCCCCGUGGACACCUCCAAGACCACAAACCCCCUCUGGCAGAUCCCGAAGACGGGUGUAAUAGCCCAUCAGCAGCACUCCCUGCCAGACAGCGGAGUCUCGGCUCGGACCGAGACUAACGGAGGAGUCACGGAAGCCAGAGAAGAGAGGAACCGUCCAUCUGUGCUCUUUCAUUCAGCUCCAGCUGAAAGAUACAGGAAGACCCCUCUUCUUAAUUCAGAGGUGGAGAACACUGAGCCGUGUCACAGCAGCGGCCCCAAGAGCCCUCUCAGAUCCGACUGCCAACCCAACUCACCGGCAGAGUCCAGCAGCUGCAGUCGAGGAGCGGCGUCUCCUCCCAGCUCCAUCAGUCACCCCAAGAUCCGCAACUGGAAGAAGUACAAGUUCAUUGUGCUGAACUCCACAGACGGAGCGACUGACACCAGCUCACUCACUCCAUCCCACACAGUUACAGAAUCCACCCACAAGAACAAUGAAGGCCGAGGGCAGCUCAUUAUGGACAGCAGCUCUACAGAUGAAUGCAUCAAAACAGAAGAGCGUGACUUUUCGCUUCCCAACACUUUGGCCGAGGAGAGCAGCGCGGGAGCCACAAGAUCAGAGCGGGACAGACUCUACUGUAACGAGUGUGAGUCCAAGAGCGAAUCUGACGCAGAGAAGCCACGAUGGCUACAGGACGGAAAAGCGUACAAAUGUGACCGCUGUCAGGCCAUGUUCUGCUAUAAUGGAAACCUAGCGAGCCCCAAGACCAUCCACACUGGAGAGAAACCGUAUCGCUGUAACGUGUGUGGAGCUCAGUUCAACAGACCGGCCAAUCUGAAGACACACUCACGGAUCCACUCAGGAGAAAAACCAUACAAAUGUGAAACCUGCGGCUCGCGCUUCGUCCAGGUGGCUCAUCUGAGGGCUCACGUACUGAUCCACACCGGAGAGAAACCGUACCCGUGUGACACCUGCGGCACGCGCUUCCGCCACCUUCAGACGCUGAAGAGUCACUUACGAAUCCACACGGGAGAGAAACCUUAUCAUUGUGAGAAUUGUGACCUGCACUUCCGUCACAAGAGUCAGCUGCGUCUGCAUCUGCGACAAAAGCAUGGUGCCGUCACCAACACCAAGGUCCAGUAUCGCAGAAGCAGAACCUCUUGAAAAAACAUGAAGCUAUUUCGAGACUCGACAAGCAUUUUCAAUUCCUUUAGUGGUACAGCCACAAGAAAAGCCAUCAGAACAUACAGAUGCCUGCAAAAGUGUUUCUCUUAAAUAUGGACUAGUUCACCAGCACAUUCUGCAUGAUUUCACCCAAAUAUCAUGAUGUACGUCAAGUUCCCGUUAGAUUGAGCAUAAUUUUAUCUCUAGUAUUUAUUUUUAUUAAGAAUGCUAUUUCACUCCCUCUCCAAUCAAACUAUGCACUGUAUAUAUAUAUAAUAUACAAACAAGGAAUAUUGGUACAAAUAAUUAUGCAAUUGCAGUGUUUUGUCAGUGUUUUGUCAGUGUGGUAUUUUUAAGGAAGCUCUACUCUGUUUGACAGUUCUGUGGUCUUUACAUGUAUUUGUACAGCUGUUUUUGGUACUAGAGGGCCGAAGGUCCAUGCAAUUAAAUAUUUCAUACUAAACAAA